AUGAAAGAGGGCUUAGAUCCAAAGAAAUUAGAAAUAGUUGGACUUAGUCUCGGUGGACAAACUAUGAGUUUCAUAGCAAAGAGCUUCCAAGAAAUUACCGGUAUGAAUGUAUCCAGAUUAACUGGGCUGGAUCCAGCUGGACCAUGUUUUAGAAACCUUGGUCCGGAUCAGCGUCUAGACCAGGCGGACGCCGACUUUGUAGAGGUCGUGCAAACGAACAUAGAUGGCUUCGGAAUGGCGGCACCUGUAGGACACGUCAAUUUUUAUAUAAACGGCGGAGAAUUUCAGCCUGGUGAUGUGUUAUGGAUGCCAUGCAAUGUCCUUUGUAGUCAUAUUAGAUCGCUUACCAUAUGGGUGGCUGCAUUAAAGCACCCAGACUCAUUUAUAGCGAUGAAAUGCGAUUCAGUGCAACAAGCCAGGGAUAAGAAUUGCUACGAUAGGAAACCUUUGGUGACCAACGUUUUGGGGUUGAAAGCUGACAAAACCAAGCAGGGAAUAUUCUACCUCUCGACGAAUAACAAUUUCCCGUACUAUUUAGGCAAGGAAGGUCUUAAAAGAGAGAACGAUUUCUUUUUUAAGAAGACAAAUACGAUCAACGAAAAAUCUGUGAUCAAAAUGUGA